UUCCAGGUUUUGAUUUCAUAGCUGCUGCCUUUUGCAGUCAUUACAGCUAAGCUGUAAAACUGCAGUCAAAAAUCUCAUCACGUUGCUCGUAAAUUGUGUUUUCAUUCAACACCAGCAGGUUUUUCCACAGAAAUGCUAAAUCUCUUGUUUUUUUUUUUACUAUAGGCUAUUUUCAGUCUGCGCUUGUAAGUUAUUCAGAAAAUUGCCUUGGAUUUUAAAAAUUGAUUGUAGUGUAAGAGCUGCAAAGAACUGGGACAAAUUCUUCUCAAAGAGGGUGACAGCUGUGAAAAGUUGCUGCAUAUGCUUGGGAGGCUGUAAAACGAUUCGUGUUUAAUUUAUAUAACAAAACACUUCUUUAUGCAGGAGAUCUCAGUUUUUAUGAUUUCUAUGUUUUCUCAGUAAAAUCCAAUGAACUGCAUUGUAAGCAAAUAUGUUUGAUCUUCAUAAAUGUGAUUAACACAGUUUUAGGCAACUGCAUUUUGUUAUGUAAAUAAUUAUUUUACUAUGAAUAAAAUAAGGAAUAUCAAAUUAAGAUGAUGCACCUACAACCAUCAGAUUUGUAGAUAAUUAAUGGUGUACGGUUAAAAUACAGAUAAAACCUGGUGGAAUCAAAUCACAAUUCAAAAUAAAUUAAACUUUAUUCACUUCAAUUGUGAGUUUAAAUAGUAUAUAAAGUAUUGCAGUGUUUUAAAAGUUAUUUCAGUUUUAUUUUAAUCUAUUAAAAGGAAAUCAUUUCAGAAUUAAAGUAAUUAGAGAUUUUGAGGGACAGCCUUGAAAUAACGUGAAUUUCUUUAGCUUGACAUCACUAGUAAAAUCAAUCCAUGAAAUUCCAUUUAUUUGUAUUUCGUCUUAAGGAUUUAUUUUCAAUGUUUUUUAAUAAAGAGUAUUUUUAUAUUUUUUAUUCACUGUUUAUGAUUUCUUAUUUUAGUUUUUAGCCAUUAAUGAAAAAUAUCUUCGCUUUCGUUUCAUAUUAAUAUUCAACCGUUUGCUCCUCCGAGUCCUUUAAGAGGCAGGUGAAGGUCAUCUAUCGCCACCGAACUCGGGACCGGUGGACCAGUUCCCGCACCGGCCGACAGGUGGCGCUGUUUCUCCGGCUCUGACGGGUCACCAGUCGCGCGCGACAGAAGUUUGUUCUGCGCUGUGUUUGUGCGCAGGCGCACACCGUGCUGUUAGUCUAGUUUCACUGGUUGACUUUUACCUGAGCGGUGUUGGUUGGUAGUUUCGGUUCUCCGGUGGAAAAAGGACCAACAACCUACCGGAGUCCGGUCCAGGAGUGUUACGGGUCCUCCCCUCGUCCUCUCCGGCUCUGUGUAACUCAGGGUCCCCGCUGCGGAGCGUCAGACGGGCUUUCUCCGGGAUUUUUGAGUCGGUGCGCAACAGCGAGAGGAGGCAGGUGUAGCUACGGUAGAGGACAGGACAGUAAGAGGUGGCGGUGCUGUUGCUGCUUCCGUCCUUCUCACCGGACCGAAUGACUGGAAAUCAACUGGUUGGGGCGUCGGUGACUUUUAUUAGUAUGCGGCUGGAGUCCCCCGCUGCCGCCGACAUCCAGCCCUAGGACUGAUCGGCAGCCCUGAAGUCUCCUCCGUGUCCGCUGAGUGACUCCUCGCCCCGGGGAGGUGGAGGAGGCGGCUGCAACAGAAGCAGGACCCCGACCGCAGCGGGCAGUUCUCACGGACGGAACACCUCCACCUGGAUCAGGAAAAUGAUUGGUUUUCUGCGCCGGACGUUCAGCCGCCGGAGCCGCAUCCAGACGGGAGAGAGGGUCGAGCAGGACGGUCCGGGGGGCGGAGGAGGGGUGAGCGGGAACCCCUUGCUCCUGCCCCAUCAGCAGCAGGUCAUCCACACCCCCGCCGUGGUCACGGGAGGAGCAUCGGUUCACAUCCCGGCUGCUGGAACGGCGAGGAGCGCCAUCACAUGCCGGGUCCUGCUGCUGGACGGUUCGGAUGUCAGCGUGGAUUUGCCUAGUAAAUCCAAAGGCCAGGACCUUUUUGAUCAGAUCAUGUAUCACAUCGAUCUGAUCGAGAUGGACUAUUUUGGAUUGCAGUUCAUGGACUCCGAUCAGGUUUCACACUGGCUGGACGUGUCCAAGCUAAUAAAGAAACAGAUCAAGGUAAACGGGCCGCCCUACCGACUCUUCUUUCGAGUUAAAUUCUACUCUUCAGAGCCAAAUAACCUGCAUGAGGAAUUCACACGAUACCUGUUUGUGCUGCAGCUUCGACAAGACAUUUUGUCUGGCAAAUUAAAAUGUCCAUAUGACACGUCAGUGGAGCUUGCAGCGUUCUGCUUACAAAGCGAGCUGGGGGACUGCGACCCCUUGGAGCACUCUCCAGAGCUUGUGUCGGAGUUUCGUUUUACUCCCAAACAGAGCGAGGCCAUGGAGGCGGACAUCUUCAGCAGGUGGCUGGAGCUCAGGGGCCAGAGUCCGUCCCAAGCAGAGAUCUCCUUUCUCAACAAGUGCAAGUGGCUGGAGCUUUAUGGUGUCGACAUGCACUUUGUCAAAGGCAGAGAUGGAGGAGAAUAUGCACUCGGCCUCACUCCAACUGGCAUCUUAGUUUUUGAAGGCUCCAACAAAAUCGGGCUUUUCUUUUGGCCCAAAAUCACUCGGCUGGAUUUCAAGAAGAGCCGCCUGACCUUGAUGGUGGUGGAGGACGAUGAGCAGGGUCGCGAGCAGGAGCACACCUUCAUCUUCCAGCUGGACAGCGCCAAGAACUGCAAACACCUGUGGAAGUGCGCCGUGGAGAGCCACGCCUUCUUUCGUCUGCGCCAGCCGACCGCGGGCAAGGCCAGCCACAGCGACUUCACCCGACUCGGGUCCCGCUUCAGAUUCAGUGGGAAGACGGAGUAUCAGGCCACUCACGGGGGCCGGCUGAGGAGGGCCAGCACAUUCGAGAGGAGGCCCAGCAAGCGCUACCCGUCUCGCACACACUCACUGGGCAAAGCCGCCGUUUCUCCAGCCAAACCUCCUCACAUCAGCACUCGUGCCAGCCCUGAUGCCGCCCUGCAUGGGUAUCAACACAACAUUCCGAUUGGCCACGAGCCGUGGCAUCCACCCCACCCCGCCCUCACCACCCCGCUUUACCUGCAGCCCACCGGUCACACGCCACCACACAGUUUCCCGUUGACCAGUCCUGCUUCGGACCACCAGUACAGCUCAUCGGAGAACGAAAACUCCCAUUCUGGGAAGACCGACCGUCGUCCCCGGCGCUACUCACACAGCCCGGACACGCGCGGCCACACACACACCAAGAGCAAACGCCGAGCUCCUCCCUGUCCCUUGGACAUCUCUCAGUCUCUUCUCAAGGCUCUGGAGGCAGAAAGUGGCUCUCCUCCUUGGCCCUCGCUUCACAUAAACAUCGACAAAAAGGGAGAGGAGAAGCAGCUGUCCGGGAAGUCUCUGCACCCGCCUGCUUCUCCCGUGGUGCUCCCUGAUCACCUGAAAUGUAACAUCCUCAAAGCCCAGGUGGAGGCAGCUUUUAGGAAGGAAACCCCAACAACACUCAGGGAGAGGAACUCAAGUGAGACUCUCAAUGAGAGGUAUCGGAGUUCAUCUCAAGACUCAGCGGCGUCCAGUCCGACGGCCGAAAAGACGCCCCACCGACAGCAAGAUCAUAACUCAGCGACAGAUGUCCUGCAAGUCAAGGGCAACGCCAGCUCCAACCGCAGAAAACGCCUCGUCCGACAGUUCAGCUUUAACCACGAAGAUGAAGAUGAUCUACCAGAAGCCCUCGCAGCAAUCUCCUCUCAGAGUGCAGGAAAGUCAGGAUCUAGCAGCUCGCUGGACAAGCAGAUACAGCCGUCCAUCUACCCACAGGCGGACAAAGUACCGACUCUGGAGCUGAGUAGUCCAUGCUGUCCCUCUCCUUCGCCUUCCCCUCACCUCUCCCCUUCCUACUACCGUAGCUCCAUGCCUCACCUGGUCCCUUACCUGUCUGCCCACAACAGCAGCAGAGAGGAAUUUCAGUUGGACAGAGAGAAGAUCCUGAGAGCUCUCCUGAUGACUGAACUCUGAGACUUUGACCAUCAACGCCGUGACAUCACCGACAGACAGGCAGCGGUCCGCCAGCGCUCGUACAUUUGUGCUGAUUUAGGAGUUUUUAAAACGCGUUUGCAUUGAUUGAACAGUUCUACUUGCUUGAUUUCAUUUCGAGUCACGCCUCAUCCGACGGGCUCCACUCGUGCAUGAUCGCUGUCGAACCGAAAUGCUUUUGGGUCGUCUUCGAGGUUUCUGUGAUUCACCGCCACCUCCUCCGCGUUGUCUGAGUUGUGUUUUAAACAGCAGCCGCUGUCGCCUCACUUCCAGUUCAGUUCAAAUGUAAAUAGGAAUUGUAUUUAACGUGCUGAAACUCUGUAAAUGCUUCUGUUGUUUAUAGAUGCAAAAACCUUUACAGCAUUUGUGAUUUAAGAACUAAAUAAUAGUGUUUUGAGGUGAAAACAGACUUUACUGGUUUGUGUGGCGGUCUCAAUCUGCCCACUAGAAGGAGACAAACCAGGUGUGUUGUGGCAGCUGCAGGUUACCAUGGAGACACGGGUCCCUUUGCUAUAUUUGCCCCUCGUGCAAUUUUUCAAUAAAGUCAGAUUUGGUCUGAGAAAGCAUGUUCUUGGAAAUAAAGUGAAAGAUUUGCUUCUUGUCUUU